CAGUUGUGCCAGUCCUCAGCACUGGGUCACCACUUGCUUUCCAUUCAUUUGUCAGUCACUGCAGUGAUGUGGUAAAGCAUCUGACAGUCAUGGUCACUAUUACAGAUUAAUGCCUUCUAAAGUGACUGAUAAGACGUGCACACUGGAUUGAGUUGUAAAUCAUCAUCAUCUUCAGCUCACUUCUUCUGACCUUUCUUCCCUGUCUUCACACUUCUGUGCAGUGAAAAUGCAGCUGCCUGAGGACUUCAUCAAGUCAAUUUGUCCUGUUCUUGACCUGUCAGCUGCCCUUGACACCUUUGGCAGUGUCACAAAAGUGCCUUUCUAGUUGUUUUUGUUAUGCUUUUUGAAUAUUUUCUCCUCCCUGAGAUGUCUUUUGUGGAUUUUGUCUGUUGAAUCCCUUUAUUUCUGUUACACUUCAUCCACACCCAGAAAUUCAGUUGAUAUCUUAUUUAUUUCAGUAACUAUAUCUGCACAUCACACCUGUCACGUCCUGCCUCACGUACAAGGGUGCACUUAUUUCCCUGAUGUAUUGAAAACACAUCCCUGCAUAUUUUCUCCCUCUUUUCUUUUUCCCUGACUUGUGUCAGUAAUUCAGGCACCAUUUUUGAGCUGGGAUUUUCCCUGUUCAUGUAUCUUAACGUGCUGAUUUGAUUUGCUCUGUAGUGCAGUGUUUCGCGUUUGAGCAGGCAGCUCGAAUGCUCGUUUGGUCUCCUGACAUUCAGGUCUCUAGUUUGUCUUAGUUCUUCUACCCAUCCAGGAAGUUGCUGCCUCCAGCAACUUACCCAUUGCUCUGGCCAGCUAUCUUUUUGCUCAGUGGCAGUUGCAACUGGCAACACUGCUGGAGGUGACUGUUUGAUACAGCAUGUUUUAAGAGAAUAAUUGGGGUUGCAAAAGAGUAUUGGUAAAUGGCAAGGGCAAAUAUGCUUGUUCAAGAGUUGGGGCUUACUAAUUUCCCAAAGAAUCUGCUCAGGUAAUAUUGAUGUUGGUGUUAUCCCUGUUAGUACUAUUUUUUAUUAACAUUGUGAGGUCUGACUUUUAAGUAGGCAGUUACAAGACACUUUCGGAAGCACUCUGAUACAUAUGCUUACACAAAAGUACAUAGAUUGUCUGUACAUAGAUACAUGUAUCACUCUUGCAUAAUGUGUGUCAUUCCUUUGUAUUGAAGUGCUGACAUUCAAUAGGUGCUCAUAUUAACCCACAGUCUGCUAGCCCACAGGCAAGGGUGUUAUAAAAUCAUUUGAGUGCCAAAUGGGGUUUAAACUGUUGUUUUAUGUAAGAGGUACAGUAACUGUGGAAUGAACAACUAUUGAUGUCAAUACUAUUGGCUUAUAUCUUAGUUGUCACCAGUGAUACGUAAAGCUGUAGCACUCAAAACAUUUGAAAGAUGCUAACUAACCACUGUUAUUGUCAGAUUUUUUUUUUCACUGUAGAAACUGUGCAUAAACUGUCUGUGCUAGAGAUGUUAAUGGGUAUAGCGUGUCUGACUUUUUGAAAUUAGACUAAGACUCCAUUUCUAGAAGUGUAUCUAAAUGGAUGGGAUUAUGUUAAACUGAAAAUCUGAAAAUUUUAGUGUUAAUAAAUGUCUCUUGGCUGGUCCUACAACACUGUAAGUGUUACUGUAACAUCUGUCUCUCUCACUUCCUUUCACUUACAAUACAAAAAAAUUAAUCUCAGUCAUGCUGUGGAUUGCAAGUGCUCUAUACUGAUUGAAAGCUUGGGUGUUGUUUGUCAGAGAUUCAGCAGAGAUCUUUUUAAUCUGAGAGAGCUCUAGUUUAAAUAUCAUGCUUUUCCUGAAUGGUUAGCUCUCUCAACAGCUCUCUCUGAGCUGUUAAAAUAAUCUUAUUUUUAUUUAAAAAGGUAUUGGGUACUGACCAGUACUGUAAGAGAUGGUUUUAAAGAAAAUAAUUCAAUGAUAAUACCUUGCAUGAGUCAUUAACCAUGAGUCAUGAUCAGCUGGCAGUGGUGUCCAAUUUGUUUUCUAAUCCCGUACUUGCUGAUGCUCUUUAUUACCAUAGUGAUAAUAUUAAAGAGCUGUUAAUGCAUAUAACCACGCAGCUGAAAAUGACAGGCUCUUUUUUCACUGGAAUAAAAGUUCCGUAUCUUAAGUCUGUUUUGCUCUGUAUAUUUCUUGUCAUGAGAAAUCUAGUAAUGUAUAAAAGUCAUCAAAAAAGUUUGUUGGCAAGAAGUUAGGUUAACAGAACAGCCUUCUCCCCCCCCUUCUUUGCUUUCAAGCCAAUCAUUGGGGCUUCCUAGAGAAUUCCAGUUAGUCUGUUUCUUAUGAGGAUUGGGGAUACUUUGUAGUCAUUAAAAGUUGAGAGCAGAUUGUUCAAGCUAUGCUUUGCAAGGAAAGCCUGCACUAUCCAUGUAUUUAAUGUUUGCUCUCUCCUGAGCAAAAACCAGAAGCUGGAUGGAAAGUUUUAUUGCAUCAAUGUAUGCUGAGGAAUGACUACUGAGGUUUUAGAGAAAAGGGAAGGCUGUCUCCCUUCCCAGAGCCUGAAUAUAAAAAGAAUCAAUUAGUUGAGAAAUGAGCUUUGGAAACCCAUUUUCAAUCUUUAAAUAAAAUUUUACUAAGAGAAGUGAUUUUAAAAGCUCUGAAAGGUAGUGGCUGAACAGUUGCAGACUAUAUUAGAAUAUGCAUAGAUGGAGAGCGUUUGGGUGUCCAGCAGUUGGGGAACAUUAUUUAUGAAGUAAUGAAUCUUGUAUUCAAUUAGAUUUCAACUUGAUUCAAUUUUUGUUAGUUUUAUUAGUUUUCACUUUAGAAAAGUUGAUUGUUACAGAUUAAAACCUUGUGUCUCAACAGAUGCUAAAAAAACCAUCCCUUAACCUAUUCCAGUGUAGAUGACCUUAUAAUGCAUAUAUUUGUGUGGGCCUUUCUUGUUUCUUUGUGGUGAGCUUGUGAGAUAGUGUUCUGUUAGUGGGUGCAAUGUGGCAGGACAGGCAUGAAUCUACUGGCAUAGAUGACUCUUCAAAAUUGCUUGGUAUUCCUGCAUAUUCCUUCAUAUCCCACAGUGUGGUUGCUCUGCAAGCUCCUCCUCCAUUUCAAUGAGGACUAUACCUGCACCAACGAAAGCUUUUUCGAGUUUAGUUUAGAAUGGUACAGCCAACGACAAGAGAUGGCCCUUCCUCUGUGGAAGAACUUACUUCAGACUACAAAGGAAAGAAUACUACAGCAGAGAAGGUUGUCACUGUAUAAUGGUGCUCAUGGCUAUGAGGAAGAAUUGAUAAAGAAGAAACUUCAACAGUUUGCUGGUGGAUCCAUCAACCUUUCCAAAGAAGACAAUGGCAUUGGAAUACUUACCUUGAACAACCCGAAGUUAAUGAAUGCUUUUACAGGUACCAUGAUGGUAGAACUCCAGGAGAGGAUAACUGAACUGGAAAACUGGAAGGAUGGCAAAGGCCUUAUCGUCUAUGGUGCAGGAAACACAUUUUGCUCAGGAUCAGAUUUGAAUGCUGUCAAAGAAAUAUCCAACUCCCAGGAUGGGAUGGAUAUGUGCAUGUUUAUGCAAAACACCUUAACCAGACUUAUGAGGUUACCUUUGAUCAGUGUUGCACUAGUCCAAGGAAAAGCUUUUGGAGGAGGAGCAGAACUUACCACAGCAUGUGAUUUCAGGUUGAUGACACCUGGAAGUGAAAUUCGGUUUGUCCACAAGCACAUGGGUCUGGUGCCAGGCUGGGGAGGAGCUGCCCGGCUGGUGCAGAUCGUGGGCAGUGGGGCAGCCCUGCAGCUGCUGAGCGGGACUGCCCGGGUGGACCCCGAGAAAGCUUUGCGCCUGGGAUUCUCAGAGCAGACCCUGUCAUCUUCAGAUGAAACCAGGGCCUUAGAAGAAGCCCGAGCCUGGCUGAGUCAGUACACAGAGGGUCCAGUCAGCGUGAUACGGGCUAUGAAAAAGGUGGUGACAGCAGGAAGAGAGCUCCCACUGGAAGAUGCCCUAAGGACAGAAAAGGACAUUUUCGGAACUGUAUGGGGUGGGCCUGCCAAUUUAGAGGCAUUGGUUAGAAGACCAAAACAUAAAUGAUGGUCAGUGUAUAAGAAAUGUUCUUGACCUUUUUGCAAACAAAGCUUUCACUAAAGCAGGCAUUGAACUUGCAUCAUUUAAGGACUUGCCCAUUUAAAACUGGUAUUAACAUUCCUGCCAUUCACUUCAGUCAUAUUUGGUGUGCAACCACAGAGAAAUCCCUGGCAGAUUCUUUACUGUCCUAAUCACCCACUGAAUGGAGAUUAGUGAAAUUAGUAUGUAAAGGUAAAUAUUAUGCUGAGAAUAGAACUAUAAUUCUUUUGGAAUGAAGCUGAAGAUUAUUUUCUUUGGAGCUAAUUUUUUCUAACUGCUAUGGAAAGUAAUUACUUGAAAGUUAUAAUGUUUAUUUAUUUGCGGAACAGGUGCAUCUAAAGUUGCAAAAUAUGAGUUCCCCAACAUGAGACCAGUGUCUUUAAGCAGCUUGGAAAGGAUAAUAACCAGUGAGAGGAUAGUUUUUAUUUUUUCAUCUCUACUCAGUUCUUCGCUAUCCAAGGAUACUUCAAUUUUAAUGGUGUUUUUACAGAAGAAGCUUUAACUUACUGAGACCUUCUAGCCCUCAUUCACUGACACUGAUUCAGGUUUUUAAAUGCAUUUAGGAGUAUUCUCACUGCUCAAGGAAUCAACUACCUACACAUGCAUCUGCACAUGCCCAUAUCCUGGACCUGUGCAAAGCUGCUGACCUGGUUCUUUACAUAGAAUCUAGUUGAAAUCUUGGAAGGACAUGAUGAAUCAUACUCCCAAAUGGGAUGUCCUUAACUGACUGGGUGUCAGAGUACUUCAGCAUCCUGGUAAGACUUGUGUGUGGAUAUGUCUAUAUCUUUCUUUAGACCAUUUUUUCUGGUAGGGCAUAUUUGGGCUGAUCAGAAGAUUUGGAACUGGGUUUCCACUUCAUGCCGGUGACUAUUCAAGUAAUUAGAUAACUCAUUGGGGAAGGUUUUAUCUUUAAAAAUAGAAACUGACAGAGUCCCUGCUUUGGCAGAUGAUUCUUAAAAUUAAACAUCUAUGAGAGCAAAACCAUACAGACAUAUCUAUGAGUGAGUUUCAUGUACUGUCAGUUAGGAUACUCUUGUCUCUAAAUCCAGCAGAGACUGAGAUCUGAGCCCAGAACCCAAGCACUCCGUGGGAGCAUGUUAACGAGGAAAGUUUGGGCUCUGUGUUUGGCCUGACCAGGUGUAACUAGCUCCAGAUGAUGGAACAAGCUCCCCUAGGAAAGGCAAUUUCGUGGAUGGAAAUCCAUGUUACAAUUUCCACAGUGUGGCACGAUUCCUGAGUUUUAGACAGUGAGGUAACUACGUGUUUGAGGAUUUGGGGACAAAUCAAUGAUGGGAAUUUGGCUUGGAUUGCCUGUUAAGAUUCUGCAGGUUUUGAGCAGAUGCUGUGAUCUGCUAGGGAUGUUUCACUAUAUGGUUUUCACAGCAAGGAGCCUGAAGCAAUGAAGAGAAAUGCUGAAGAAAGGGAUGUGUUUUGAGUUGGCACCUCAGGGAAAAUAAGGAACUUGCUCCACCCUGUAGAUCCUGCAUCUUUGCCUUAAUAUCUCAAGCACUGAUGGAGAAUGAUUUCAAAUGUCUCUUCCCCAAAAACAAAGUUCAAUUUUUACUUUCAGGUUAGAGAAGAGACAGGAAUGAGAACAUGGGGAGACAGUGUUCUGGUUUGUGCCUCUUUCUCCCCCUGCCCCUUUUUAUUCAGUAGCUCAGUUGUUAGUCCCCUGUGUAGCUGGAUUCUUUCCUGUGCCUUAAAGGACUUCUAACCCGUUACUUCACAGGUAUGAAUGUUUUAAUAUAGUCCGGCUGCACUUGACUGUUUAGUAAUGAAACUGUUCUGCUUUUCAUGGAGUUCCUCAAGACUCAUGAGAGACUCCAGACUGCCAGCAUCACUGAACCUUCAAAGCAUGCUCCAGUCCAUACUCAUCCAGCUUUUUGUAGCAAUAGCACAUCACGUUGAUGUGAGUCAAAAUAAAUGUGCUUUAAAGGGCAACUGGUUAUGACUUUGCUAGUAGCAAGAACAGAUUUGCAAAUACUAAUACCCUAAUGACAUUUUUUAAAUGGGUGUGAAAAUUGCUUAGAACCUGAGCAAGACUCUUGAAUUUUUUUUUCUUUAGUGCAUUAGGCUCAUGAAUGUAUUGUGUACUGGGUGAUACAAAUUUGAAAAGGAGGAAAUUGUAGCAAAAAAGCAGAAUUUGGUUUCCUUCACACUUUGAACUAGAUCUGUGCUGCCAGUAAGUGAAACUCAGUAUGUACACCUACCGGGGAUCUCUUUCCACUUUGAUUUGUAGACAAUGAGCUUAUUUCUCAUUUCAGCAAAUGCAUUUCCCCAGCCACCCUCUCUGACUUAUAUCAAAGGUCAACAUUUGCUUCUAAGAAAACAGGGCAAAUAUUUAACUAGCACAGAGCAAGUCACACUCAGACAGAAAGGGAAACUCAUGGAAACUCAUUUUGUUGAUAUCAUAAAUAUACCAAACAUAGGUACGGGACAUUCUGAAGAUCAUUACAGGUCUUGAUCAAGGAUUUUGUGAGUACUCUAAUACCAUAUUCUCUGGUCUAUUUUCUAUUUGAAAAGGUAUUUUAGAGCCCUUCACGUGAAAACCAGCCAAGUAAACUACCAUGAGUGCUAGGAUGAGAGCUCCAGAUGGAGAUGAAAUGGAAUCCUGUUUUCCCCCUUUGAAAGCUAAAUGCUUUAUUUCAUACUUGCUUAUCAUCUUAAAGUGACAAAUACCUGUAACCAGCAGCUGAUAAGCAUUUGCAUUUUCUUUAUUAAAAGACUAUGAGCUUCCUCUCAGAUUUUUUCCCCUUCUGCAAGUGCUUAAAACCAAACAAGCUCUAAAUGCACAAAAUAAAUUAGAAACAUCAAAAUUGAUAGUCCCAGUCUCCUAAUUAAAUAGCAUGCUAGCUUUUGUACUUCCUAGGGACUAGUUUGCCAGCUCCCUCCUCAGCAAACUAAGUUUCCUAUUACAUUGUGAAAUGCCCAUCUUGUUCUUUCCUCUGUGUAGUGGAUCACGCUGAGGGCUUAAUGGGGGUGUGGAUUCUGCACCAAGCAUUUAAGGGUUGGGUACUGGAGAUCACCUUUAGCAAUAUAAAUACUUCUAUCUUAUUUGCUGCUGAUAGAAGUAUACUAAGCAAGUGGUCAAUCUAGAUAAGCAAGGUGUUCUUGCAGAAUGCUUGGUUCAAUAUGAUCUUUUUUUUAACCAUGACAUAGGAUUCCUGUAUCUGUAGUUAUCUGUUCUCCUGGAAAUGAAAACUUGCUGUAGAUUACAUAGUAUUUAAAUUUCCUUUUUCCUUCUG